CGUACGCGCCAGUGUUCGAUAUUUUUGUACAUUUAUUUAAUAUUUUUGUACAUUAAUUCGAUAAUUUAGUACAUAAAUUUGAUAGUUUUGUACAAAUUCGGUAUCCAGUAAAGAGUGUGUCGGUAGUUUUGGAUUGAGUGUGUGUGUGUGUAAUAGGAAACAAAUUUUUGACUACGAACCCCAUAGCAGCCAUGUUAAAAGACAUCCACAAAUAAGAGCCCACUAUUGUAUCUGGUCGCUGUUGUAAGAAACUAAGAUGGCGUCGUGUGUGAGCGGACAUUUUGGACAGGAGUAUAUGCCGGUGGCUGAGUUUUAUGCGGACAAAUCCGUGUUCGUUACUGGAGGCACCGGAUUUAUGGGAAAGGUUCUAGUUGAGAAGUUGUUACGCAGCUGUCCAAAGAUCAAGAAUAUCUAUCUGCUCAUGCGACCGAAGAGGGGUCAGGAUGUGGCGUCGCGUCUCACUGAACUCACACAGUCACCGCUGUUCGAGACACUACGGAAAGAACGGCCCUUCGAGCUGAACAAGAUUGUGCCCAUCGUUGGCGACAUCACGGAACCGGAACUUGGCAUCAGCGUUUCCGACCAGGCCAUGCUUUGCCAAAAGGUUUCUGUGGUUUUCCAUUCAGCUGCUACAGUGAAAUUUGAUGAGAAACUCAAACUGUCCGUCACUAUCAACAUGCUAGGCACACAGCAGUUGGUCCAGCUCUGUCAUCGUAUGCUCCUUCUAGAGGCUCUAGUCCACGUCUCAACAGCGUACUGUAAUUGUGAGCGAGAACGCGUAGAAGAGACGGUCUACGCUCCCCCGGCGCACCCUGAACACGUGGUCACCCUGGUCCAGACCUUACCAGAUGAGCUGGUGGAUAGAAUCACUCCUGAUCUCGUUGGUGACCGGCCAAACACGUAUACAUUCACGAAGGCGCUAGCGGAAGAUAUGCUGAUAAAGGAGUGUGGCAAGCUGCCUGUGGCCAUUGUCCGACCGUCUAUUGUGUUGUCUUCUGUCCGAGAACCGGUCCAGGGUUGGGUGGACAACUGGAACGGACCCAAUGGCAUCAUAGCGGCUGUUGGCAAGGGCAUCUUCCGUAGCAUGUUGGGCACUGGGGCGCGGGUGGCCGAUCUCGUUCCCGUGGACACAGUUAUUAAUUUGAUGAUCGUGUGUGCGUGGCGGACAAGCCAGAGAAGAAACGAUGGCGUGCUCGUUUACAACUGCUGCACCGGGCAGCAGAACCCAAUCACGUGGCAGCGCUUCGUGCGGACCAGCUUUAAAUACAUGCGGAAACAUCCCUUCAGCGAAGUGCUCUGGUACCCAGGCGGUGAUAUAACGAACAACCGCCUCAAACACACCGCUCUCUCGCUGAUCGAGCACCGGGCCCCCGCCUUCGUGAUGGACACCUUUGCACGGGCCACGGGCAAGAAACCCAUGAUGAUGCGGGUGCAAAACAAAUUGGAAAAGGCGGCGGCCUGCCUCGAAUACUUCACCACCCGCCAGUGGGCGUUCGCGGAUGACAACGUUCAGGCUCUGUGCACGGCCCUAUCGCCUGAGGACAGACGCAUUUUCGACUUUAACGUCAGAAACAUCGACUGGGAUGCGUACAUAGAGAGCUACGUGCUUGGCAUCAGGAGGUUCUUGUUCAAAGAGAGCCCUGACACACUGCCUCGGUCCAGGACUCAUCUCCGAAGGUUACACAUAGUCCACAUUCUGACCCAACUGGCUGCUGUAUUCUUCCUCUGGAGAUUUCUCUUCUCUCGCUCGAACGCACUGCGUAACUUCUGGCGACGCAUACUGGACUUCAUAACGCGCGCGGCGAGAUUGCUCGCCAUAGCCUGAUGCAGAUAGCCUUAACCUUGGGCUUCGUAGUUCAGCCUGUUCGAUUCACAAAACGCUAGCAAUGGUAUAGUUCUAAACUCUCGGGCGGUCAGCGGAGCGUUCGUGUCAAGCGAUCUGCGUCUUAAAUCGCAUAUUGCAAAGUCUUCAAAUCCCCUCAAAGGCGUAAGCGGCGGAAAGUGUCCAAAAUGUUAUCGUUUUCAUUUUAGGAACAAAUGAAACAUACAUUCUUGAAACGAAAAUUUUCAAUUUCGCCGAUAAAUUACCAUGUAGAAACUUUAUCAGUCGUACAAUUGAAAGUCAGAUUCUUACGCUUGACGCUGAUCGCUGGCCGCUGAGCGUAACAAAAUGGAAGUCAUAAGUAACAAAGUGGAGAAAAGCGCUCGUUUUGUGAAUCUUUGCUGUUUUUGCUGGUUGGAAUGUGAAUGGUGUUAGUAAGCUUGCGUGCUCGAUGCAUUCUGUACUUCUAGUGUAAAUUUCAUUCAAUAAAACUUACGUGUUAAAUAAGCAUCAUUAUGUAUAGUUAAGCUGUUACCAAAACGUCCCGCUUGGUGCGCUGUUCAAAAUUCCAUACAAAAUGAGGCUUGAAUCGAUACGUUCUAGAAUGAAAUUUACACUAGGGUUUCUGUUGUUGAUUUUUUAUGUAAUGUAAUGAAGGAAAGUGACACAGUGGACGGUUUAAAAGUUGGCUCGGAUUUACUUUAACGAAAUGUAAGUCUUUCUGCUUUUUUGCGUAAAAAUAAUUAAGCGCAGUGGUAAAAUAUGCAAAACCCAAGUUGCGCAAAAGAGUCGAAAUAUAUUUCAAAUAAUGUCACUAUCCAUAAAAGACAACGUUUGUAUGAAAAGCUCAUUUCAUACGAACGUCCACUUUCGUUUUAAGUGUGUAUGUAUAUAUCAGCCUUAAAAGACAGAUACUUAUAAAAAGUUAUAGUAUAAGGACGACCCAGUAGUGAAUCUCCCGCGAUCGGUGUUUGGCUCUCUCGCACGCGCCGCGCGCGACCUUGGGUUUCCACAUGUACUCUCUGCACCUCGCUGCGUGCGAGCGCUACUCAAGGACAAACCGCGCGGAGCAAAAUUUGUUAGAAGAAUUAUUACUGGUUUUAUACUGUGGUUAUGUGUCACUUUCGUUCGUACAUAGCGACCUUUCUGAAGGGUUUCGAUAUAGAAUUUUUAAGGACACAGCGGCAUAAAAUAGAUUGGUUUUCUCAAUUUGUAAGCUUCGUUCAAAGGUCUGAUACUGCUUCCACGGCACUAUGACAUUUAUUGUCCAUACACAUGUUAAAAAAAUACAAGAAAGUCUCAGAAAUUUUACGGAAAAUGAAAGAAACUUUCAAUUCGGUAAAUAUUUUCAUUCCCGUAUUUUAUGAAAAUAACUUUCAAUCAUGUGAAAAUUUUGAAUUUUUUGGAAAUUUAAUUUGUCUACCGAGUGACGUUAAAAUACUUAACACAAAGAUACGUUAAACGAAAUAUAUUAUUAACAACACUGUCUACUAAUUGUACCUAUAGAAUUGAAUUUUUAGCGUCACGCAGGGACAUUUGCAAUUAUAUUUGAAAGUGAGCCUUUCUUAACUGUGUACUCAUUAACAUCAUCAUCAUCAAGCAUCGAAGAUUCAACCCUCAGUUGCGAAAUUGUUCUCUACAUACAUUCUAAAAGAUGACUAUGAUGAUUCUGAGAUUUCUGAGGCACCAGGUCUUUCUGACAGCAAAAUUCAAAAUCCACCAAAACAUAUUAAGUCGAUUUUAUUUGAUUGGUGGAUUUUGAAGGUCGCUGUCAGAAAGUCCCCACAAAGUAUAAUCCCUUUCCAACCGAAAAAAUCGAAUUUUGAUGACAUUAUAUUUUUUUUUUU